UCUACUCUGUGAGCUCAUGGCUCGGUUUGAAACACGGAACUAGACAUGAAUGGGUAUUGGAUAGGGUAUGUCGUGAUCAGUAAAGCGCAAAUGUCUACAGUCAUCCAGACAUGGACAGGUGACAUUCCUUGGUUAGUUUAGGCGUUGGGAGUGUAAUCUGUCCAUUUAUUUUUAAAGUCUGCCUGUCGGUUUCUAUCGGGACUAAUCAUGUUGUCAUUCGGGAAAAUGCGUAAACGCAUCGAGCCGGUGGUUUUAUGUGCCCAAAUAGCCAGCGCGUUUUUCGACACCGGUUUGCAGAUGGUGGUCAAGGAGAGAUGCGCCAACAUGACCGACGCGCUCUCUCCCACCCCCACCGAAGACAGCCGGCAGAAAGCUAUGUCCAACUUCUACAUGAUAUAUAAUAUGCUGGCCAAAUUCGUACCGAUCCUACCCGCUAUUCUUUUAGCCAAGGUAGGGGACCUGGGGUACCGGAAGAUCCCCAUCGUGAUCCCUCUGGUGGGUUACCUGGUCUCCAGAGUGGUCCUGCUCCUGGUCAUAGUGAUGGAUCUCCCGAUACAGGCUAUGUUCGGGGUGGUGGUCCACGGACUCAGCGGCGGGUUCUGCUCCUACUGGGCCGGGGUCAUGGCCCUGGUGUCGCUCACCUCCACCGAGGAGGACCGCUCUCUCCACAUGAUGCAUAUUGAACUGGUCUACGGAGUAGCCGGUCUCGUCGGUAGUCUAGCGUCGGGGCACCUCUUCCAGUUGUACAGUGUGGAUUUUAAACAGGGGACUCUGUUAGUGAGCCUGAGUGUUUUCCUCUACUUUUUGUGUCUUAUCUACACAACCUUCUUCUUUCUAAUGCCAAGUGUCUCGACAAGCGCGCAGGAGCGCAACGAGACCAAUGGCUUCUUCACUGAGCGAAAUUCCAGGAAUAUAUUGAACAUUCUGCUUCUCUUCGCGAGCGGUAUUUUAUAUGACGUGGCCGUGGGAGGUGGGAUGGAGAUACUGGUGACCUUUGAGAUGAAGGAGCCCCUGAACUGGAGUGCUACACAGGUAGGUUACGGUAACGCCGCCGGGUUCGUGGUUUUCCUGACGAGCUUCCUGGGUGUCAUGGUAAUGUCCAGAUGGGUGAGUGACGUCACCCUCAUCAUCAUCGGCAUGGUGUCCUUCGCUGCCGGGAUCUACUUCAUGGCCUUCGUCACGGCAACAUACAUGUUCUAUCUGGCUCGAGCCCUGACCCUGUUUGCUCUGAUUCCCAUGCCAACCAUCCGGGCUCUGCUGUCUAAACAGGUGAACGGCUCAUCGUACGGGAUCACCCUCAUCUCACUGCAGCUGUCCUUUAAGAUCGCUAGCCUGGCCUACACUCCCAUCUACACCAAGGUGUACCAGGCUACGCUGGACUGGUUCCCCGGGUUCGUCUUCACCCUGUCCAGCAUUAUCACCGUCCUGGCCACCAUACCUGUCAGCAUGGUGGGCUGCAGAUCUGGCCGGGCUGACUGUUACGAGAGGAUCCUGGGGAACUGACGGUUACGAGAGGAUCCUGGGGAACUGACGGUUAGGCCCUCCUCGCCGUCUCUGUGACACUGGAGCCGAUGUCAGCAGCACUUACCAUGAAUGCAAUCGCUGCAAAAACGCAUUGUUGGUAGUUACACAACGCGUCUUUUGAAUAAAUCCCAGGCCUGAGCCCAAUCAACAUGUCCAACACAGGGCUGAUACAGGGCUGAUACAGGGCACUAUUGAAAACACUGGCAUUCUCUAGAGCCCUCAAAUUCUGGACCUCCAAGCCAGUUUGAUGUUCCCGUCACUGUGAAAGAACUCCGGUGAAACAGAGCUGAAUUAACUUGAAAUACUUUACUGUCACUUUUUAAUGCAUUAUGUUUUUGCAUUUGAACUAUUGUGUUCUUUAUUGUGUAUCAAAAGCAUUUGAGUGAACAGAUUAAAUACGUUUCUUUAUUGGUC